AUGCCCAAACACUUCGUUUUCAUUGCGACAAACACGACAAUCCCUGUGCCCAAAGUCUAUGAUAUCCAUUGGGAAGAUGGAAAAGUCGUGACUAUCGUGAUAGACUAUAUGCGUGGCAAGCGACUUGAUGAAGCAUGGGACACUUUAGACUCCGAUCAGAAGCUCUCUAUCGCCUCCGAGCUUCACGCCUACAUAAAUCAACUUCGCGACUUAAAGGGUGGCCAUAUCGGAGCUAUUGAUCGUGGCAAAGCUGUAAUUAGACAGAUUGCGUCAAUUAAAGGUGGUCCGUUUGAUUCCGAGCAGCAGUUCAACGAGUUUAUUCUAGGAGAUAUUGGCAAGUCAGCACUGGAUAUACUGCGGCAUUAUACCAAAUUUGCGCUUAUGGAUGACCAUGAAAUUUGUCUUUAA